CUGAGUUGCCGGAAGCCCAUAUUAUUGGACAUCGAGCGAAAAGGCAGAGAGGCCACGCUCUGUAAAACCCGGAUCCAGUUCUAGAUUUUUCCUCCCAUCUUCGCCGCAGAUCAAACGGCAAAACCCUAGCAACGCCGGCGAGAAUCUCACCCCCCUCCGGGUAUCAGCGACAGCGGAGGCGGAGGAAGCCAUGGAUAGCGCCCUCGCCAGCGCGGCGGCGAUCGCCGACCAGCGCCAGAAGAUCGAGCAGUACCGCCACAUCCUCGCCUCCGUCCUCUCGUCUUCCCCACCGGACAUCGCUCAGGCCAAGCGCUUCCUCACCCACAUGGUGUCGGACGAGGUGCCGCUCGUGGUGUCGCGGCAGCUGCUGCAGACCUUCGCUCAGGAGCUGGGGAAGCUGGAGGCGGACUCUCAGAAGGAGGUUGCCCACUACGCGCUCACGCAGAUCCAGCCUCGUGUGGUCUCCUUCGAGGAGCAGGUUGUAGUGAUUAGAGAAAAACUUGCAGAACUGUAUGAAUCUGAACAACAAUGGUCGAAAGCAGCACAAAUGCUUAGUGGGAUUGACCUGGACUCAGGAAUCAGGAUGCUUGAUGACACAAACAAAUUAUCCAAGUGUGUCCAGAUUGCUCGGCUCUAUUUGGAGGAUGAUGAUGCAGUGAAUGCUGAAGCUUUUAUUAACAAAGCAUCAUUUUUGGUCACAAACAGCAACCAGGAAGUUCUAAACUUACAAUACAGGGUCUGUUAUGCACGAAUUUUAGAUCUGAAGCGUAAAUUCUUGGAAGCUGCAGUUCGAUACUAUGGUAUAUCUCAGAUUGAACAGCGCCAAAUUGGAGAUGAAGAGAUUGAUGAAAAUGCUCUGGAACAAGCUCUUAGUGCUGCCGUGACAUGCACAAUAUUGGCUGGUGCUGGUCCACAACGCUCUCGUGUUCUUGCUACGUUGUACAAGGAUGAAAGAUGCUCAAAGCUCAAGAUAUACCCCAUACUGCAGAAGGUUUAUCUUGAAAGGAUUUUGAGGAAACCAGAAAUUGAUGCAUUUGCAGAGGAGCUGAAGCCGCAUCAAAAAGCUCUGUUACCAGACAAGUCUACUGUGCUUGACAGGGCAAUGAUUGAGCAUAAUCUCCUUAGUGCCAGUAAACUUUACACUAAUAUCAGGUCAACUUAUUUCUGCAGCUUUGAUGAGCUUGGAACAUUGUUGGGCAUUGACCCCAGGAAGGCUGAGAAGAUAGCAUCUCGAAUGAUCUGUGAAGAUAGAAUGCGGGGUUCAAUUGAUCAGGUUGAAGCUGUGAUACACUUUGAGGAUGACAGUGAAGGACUGCAGCAGUGGGACCAACAGAUUGCUGGACUUUGCCAAGCGGUGAACGACAUCCUUGACAGCAUGUCGAGCAAGGGCAUCGCUAUACCUGUCUGAGGGAGUCCAGCUGCUUCGAUGGAUACCUGUCUUGAGUUUGCCCAUCCAGCUGCUUCGAUGGUAUCCAUGUACUCUUGUCAACUUCCUGGAUUAACAAUUUUGUAGAUAUUUGGUGAUGCAAGUGCUAGUAAUAUGGUCAUACCUUCAGAGUCAAACCAAUACUGUCGAACAAUUUCAUGAGAAAUCCGGGUGGAAAAUGCCGCCCUAAACAAGUGCUCUGGUUUUCAGCGGGUGUGAUAGGCCUCUUCACUA